CAAAACAAUUAGCGAUUGAAAUGAAGAGUCAUUUGAAUUGUGAUUGAAGUGAAGAUUGUGUUGACUUGUGUUGAAUCGGAUGUCAAACCAAAUGUUUGGUUAUUUCGAUGGAGACUUCAGACGACGGCCUCAACAGUCUUUGGGCGGAUCUCAUAGAGAGACUCAAAGACAACAAUUGCUCCAAAAGGCGGCUGAAGAGAGACGCGAUCGGGAGGAGUUGAGGCGUCGGACCAACUGUGCGAUUGUCAUCCAGUCCUUCAUCAGAGGAUGUCUGGCCCGCAAAAGACAAUGUUCACAAAUGCGCAAAGAAUAUGACGACACGAUUGACCGGUUGUCCAAAAGCCACGAAAAUCCAUCACUCGAUGCCAUCGAACAUCUGAUCCAUGAAUUCAUUGUAUUUUAUUGUAAAGCAAAAGACACACAAAGACUCAAUUGGUUGAGUCAACAACUGGUCAAACAGAAGGACAUAAUCGGACCGAAAGUGAUUACGGAUACGAAUCACUGGUUAUAUCGAAUCAAAUGUAUUCUUGAGUUCAAUAUCAGUGAAUUGGAGUCAAUGGCCGGCAAACAGGCAUCGAUUGCUAUACCGAUGCGGGCGUUGGAAGUGUUUACGGGCGCCGAUGUCUACGACAAGUGUUGUGCC